AUGAACGAAGCAGAACAGGAGAAGACAGCUUUCACUACCGACUCAGGAACGUAUUGUUACAACGUCAUGCCAUUUGGGCUGAAGAACGCUGGAGCAACGUACCAACGACUGGUGAACUUCAUGUUUAAGGAUCAACUGGGAAGAAACAUAGAGGUCUAUGUGGACGACUUGAUCAUAAAAAGCAGCACACCCGAAGAGCACGCCAAGGACCUGGAGGAAACCUUUGCGGUACUGAACAAAUUUAACAUGAAGUUAAAUCCGGAGAAGUGCGCGUUCGGCAUUAAAGCCGGGAAGUUCCUGGGGUACUUAGUGAGUCAGAGAGGCAUAGAGGCAAACCCAGAAAAGAUUCAAGCCAUCCUAGACAUGGUAGCACCGCGAAGCAUCAGAGAAGUCCAAAAACUAAACGGAAGGGUGACAGCGUUGGGGCGAUUUGUCUCUUCGUCUGCGAAGAGAUGUCUCCCCUUUUUCAAGCAACUGCGCAAUAUGAAGAAGUUCGAAUGGAAUGAUGAAUGUAAGAAAGCUUUCGAGGAAUUGAAAGUCUUUUUGACCAGCCCACCGUUACUCAGUCGCCCAAAAGCAGGAGAAAUUCUGUACCUGUACCUGUCAGCAGGUAAAGAAACGAUCGCGUCGGUACUAGUAAGAGAGGAAGAAGAAGAGCAGCUGCCUAUUUACUACUCCAGCAGGACGUUGAAAGGCGCAGAGUUAAAUUACCCGACAAUUGACAAGUUGGCGCUAAUGGUGGUAGUAGCAGCGAAGAAGUUACGGCCAUAUUUUCAAGGGCAUACGGUUAUCAUACGCACUAAUCAACCUCUGAGGAAGGCAUUGCAGAGACCAGAAACUUCGGGAAGGAUGGUCAGCUGGUCCAUCCAGUUAGGAGAACAUGAUAUAAGAUAUGAGCCGAGGAAAACGUUGAAGGCGCAAGCACUCGCAGACUUUGUGGUAGAGAUGACGGAGAAACCAGAUACUGAAGAACCCAGAGAAGCAGUUACUUGGAAUCUCUAUGUAGAUGGAGCAUCUAACGACCUCGGAGCGGGAGCAGGGGUUGUCUUAGAGGGACCAAUGGGAAUAACAAUCGAGUAUGCAGUACAUCUGACAUUCAAAGCAACCAAUAACAUGGCAGAAUACGAAGCUCUCAUAACAGGACUGUCAAUUGCGAAAGCAAUGAAAACCGAAGUCCUACGAGUCCAUAGCGACUCCCAGUUCACAGGACAAAUAGGAGGACAGUUCCAAGCAAAGGAGGCCAAGAUGGCGAAAUAUAUGGAGAAAGCGAAAGAACUCUUGAAUGACAUAGAGAGAUUUGGAGGAGAAUGGGAAAUCUACCCCAUACCUAGAGAAGAGAACGCAGCCGCGGACGCAAUCGCCAAGGCAGCAGCCGCAAAGAACCAGCGUUUCAUGGAGAUGAAAAUGACAGAGGAGCGCUCGACUUCUUCCGUAGAUAAGGAGGAGGAAGUGUUACCUAUAGAGGAGGUAGACACUUGGAUGCAGAGACUAUUGGCAUACCUAACAGAAGGCAUUCUACCAGAGCAAACAGCUGAAGCCGCAAAAGAAAUCCAUGAGGGGAUCUGCGGAGCCCAUGAGGCGUCAGCAGCCCUGGUUAGGAAAGCAUCUUUACAAGGAUUCUACUGGCUAUCAAUGAAGAAGGACGCAGAAGACCUAGUACUUAAAUGUGAUAAGUGUCAAAAGUUUGGCGCAGUAAUACGAACACCCGCAUCUGAGCAACACCCCAUCGGUAGUCCAUGGCCAUUCAUGACUUGGGGCGUAGAUAUAUUGGGACCCUUCCCCCCAGCGCGGGGACAAGUAAAGUUCAUCGUGGUAGCCGUAGAUCACUUCACCAAAUGGGUGGAGGUAGAGCCAAUGAAGACAAUCACAACGGAGAAGAUCCAAACUUGGCUAUCAAGAGAAGUCAUGGGAAGGUUUGGCAUACCACAUUCCUUAGUCACCGACAACGGAAAGCAAUUCGAUUGCCGCAAGUUCAGAGCAUACUGUGAAGGGUUGAACAUAAAGCUAAAGUUCACCUCAGUAGCCCACCCGCAGACGAAUGGACUUACAGAAGUAACCAACAGAACUAUCCUCACAGGAAUAAAGAAGAGACUCGAUGAUCUGAAGGGGAGAUGGAUUGAUGAACUGUACAAAGUCAUUUGGGCGUACCGCACCACGCCCAGAAAAGCCACCGGAGAAACCCCCUUCAGUCUGGUGUAUGGCACAGAAGCUGUAUUACCAGUAGAAAUCGGCAUGCCCUCACUAAGAGUGCAAGUUUUUGAUGAAGAAAAGAAUGAAGAGUCCAUGCGAUUAUGUCUGGAUCUUUUGGAAGAAAGAAGACACCAGACAGCUGUGAAAGCGGAAGCAUACCGGAGGCAGAUGGCUAGAUACCACAACGCCAAGGUAAAAGGAAAAAGCUUCAUGGUAGGAGAUUUGAUACUCCGGAAGGCAGAGAUUGGUAAAGGAGCAGCAGGAGUUGGAAAAUUAGGAGCCAAUUGGGAUGGACCAUUUCGAGUCGUAGAGGUAGUAGGAAAAGGGGCUUACAGAAUCGCUCGCCUAGAAGGGCAGAUUCUCCCCCGAACAUGGAAUAUUAAUGACAUGAAGAAAUAUUUCCAGUAG